UGGGUGCUGCCACCGAGGCUAUACCGAAGGAGCUCCGCAGGGAUUGCUCAGCCCAGAAGUAAGAUUUUUUCUUUUUAUCCAAAAGGGACACCAACCAAGGAGCGUGCUGCCCCAACAGCUUCAACUGCCACAGGUUUUCUGCUUGAGGAGCCUUCCCGCAUCCUCUGGGGAGCUCGGGAUGGAAGGCGCCAGCAUUGCCAGCAGCUAUCUCAGUGUCAGGACAUGCCAGUCCAACCAAUAAAGCUAAAUGGGUCCAGUCACUGGAAUGACUCCGGAUAAGAAAGCUGAAACACCAGGAGCAGAAAAAGCUGCAGGACUACGGCAGUGUCAUGGGAUGGGAAGCUUGCCCGACGCAGGCGAUGCCGGCAGGCCAAAGGCCACUGUGGUGGACAGAGAUUCAGCAGACGAUGAGCUCACAAAUUUGAACUGGCUGCACGAAAGUACUAACCUUCUAACAAACUUCAGCCUUGGAAGUGAGGGUCUUCCCAUCGUUAGCCCCUUAUAUGACAUUGAGGGCGACAGCGUGCCAUCCUUCUCGCCAUCCUGCUACCAGAACCCCGAAAAGAAAUCCUCCACUUCCAAACCCCCUUACUCUUUCAGCCUUCUCAUUUACAUGGCGAUCGAGCAUUCCCCCAACAAGAGCUUGCCAGUCAAAGAAAUCUACAGCUGGAUCCUGGAGCGCUUCCCCUACUUUGCCACGGCACCCACUGGCUGGAAGAACUCAGUUCGACACAACCUCUCCUUGAACAAGUGUUUCCGAAAGGUGGAGAGAAGCCAUGGCAAGGUGAAUGGAAAAGGUUCGUUAUGGUGCGUUGACCCAGAAUAUAAACCUAAUCUUGUCCAAGCACUGAAAAAGCAGCCUUUUCCCUCAGCACUUGCAUUUUAUACUCCGCCGGCGUCACCACCAAGUAGGUCAGCGUCCCCUCACUACCUAACUUCAGUCCUUCAGCAGAAUCACGGCCGAUCUCUCAAAGAAUCCGAUAUUGAUGCUGCUACUGCAAUGAUGCUGUUAAAUACUUCCAUUCAACAAGGGAUGUUGGACUGUGAGAAACCUCAGCCUCUGAAGACACCUAAGAAGAGGAGUUAUGGCAGUGCGUUCAAUCCUCCCAGUUCCAUAAAUUUGCAGGAAAACGAUUCUGCGGCCACCAAUAUCGAUCCGAAGGAGGAUCACAACUACAGUGCCAGCAGCAUGGGUUCCCAGCGCUGUGCAUCUAGGUCCAGCGUGUCUUCCUUGUCCUCCCUUGAUGAGGUGUACGAAUUUAUCUCCAAGACCAGCCAUGACGGAAGCGAUGGCAGCGAAGGAUUUCACAGCGAAGUGGAUACAGACGUUGACUAUGAAGAUGAUCCUCUUGGAGACAGUGGCUAUGCAUCGCAACCUUGUGUAGAUACCUCUGAGGAAAGUCAGCCUAGCAACAAAGCACUCAAGGAGUUAUGUCAAGAAAUUGAUGAGGAGUUGAAAGAAGCAGCGGGGUCUCUGCUCCACCUUGCUGGCAUCCAAACGUGCUUGAGUUCCUUAAUAAGUACUGCAAAGACCCACUGUCACAAGCAAAGGAAAAAAUAGUAUGUUUGUCAGUGUUGAAUAUAUACAUAUAUUUUUUUUAAUUGUGGCAAUACUCUUCUACUUUUACCCUUCACAAGGGAGAUCAAAGCCAUAAGAGGACUCAUUGCUUUUUUAUUUUUGGCGCUAACUAUAAUUUAGCCAUUUAUUUUUAAAUCACUGCCUAAAAAGAAAAAAAAAUAUUUAAUCUUCUCAGAUUAGAAGAGAUGCAUGACUUGUGAAAACCUGAAAGCAUACUUCUUAAUGAUCACUUUUUUUUUUUUUAAUAGUUGAUUUUAUUUUUUUUUCCAGAGAGAUGUUUGUUCCGAUGCACAUUGUGGAUCAUAUUUACAUCUCUGCUGGCCCCAUCUGCAGAGGUGAAUUUUGCCCUGUCUAAGGGCUGUGACUUCCAUGUAAAGAUUAAAAAGGAGGAGAAAAAAGAAAGGGGAAAAAUGGGUCCCGGCCUCGGUUGCCUCCUCCCACCUGUCGUCUCUUUGCUCUUCUGAGGCAGGUCCCGGUGGAAACGCUGGUGAAGCAGCUCCGAGUGGCUGCAGUUUUCAGCCCAUCCGACAGUGGCUGAAAACCUGUACCGCUCCAGGAGCUGCUUUCAGCAAGAUGCUAAGGACCCCCUGGAAGAGUGGCGAUAAGGGGUAGCUGAGGUGCGUACCGCCCGCAGUUUUCUUCUUUUUUUUUUUUUCCCCUCCUUUGCCCAAAUCUGCUGUGUGCAGGUCAGAUUCCUGAAGGAAAACAGGGUUGGGUUUGGUUUGGUUUUUUCAUCUUAAGACAAAUUGUCUUUUUUUAGGGGGUGUGUGUGUCCUUUUCAUGCAGAUGCACGCAUGCAUACACGCACCUUGGAUGUAGCCAACAGUGAAAGCUGCCGCUUGUCAAGUUUGAUGUUGUCCUCGUGUUACCACCACUGUUGAAUACGUAGCAGCUGCACAGUCCUGCAACAUCUACCCUUCUGCUCCCCUGUACCGAUUCGGGGGAAAAAAGAACCCAGCAGUUGAUGGUGUUGACAGUGUGGACGAGGUGGAGACUUUAGGUGGCCAGGUGGUAAACAGCUGCUGAAAAGGGAAUGUCUUACCCCGUAGUCUGAGACAAAAUAGAGUAGCUUCCUUUUGGAUCAGUGAACCCUGAAUUUCUUUGGGGAUUUUUGCCCCUUCCCCCCAACGCUCGUUGUUUUUUGUCCCAUGGGCAGUCUAUCUUUUGUUUCCUAGAUCACUGUGCCUUGUGCUGUGUGAGUCCUGUCAGCCUCCUGCUGCAUAUGGGGCAUCUAAUGGGCAAGGCUAGGCUUUGGAUGUACAUUGUAGCUCAGGAGGACCUCUCUGUUUUGGGAAGAAGUUUCUUCACAAUUCAUUUUUGCAAUAAGAGAAUCUCUCUAUAGUUCCCAGACAUCCUUCGGCCAAAAAAAUGUUUUAGUGUUAUGGUGAACUUUUUCCUCUUUUUUUCUUUUAAAGUCAGUGGUGAUUGCUUACAUCUUCUUGUAGAUGAUGGCUUUUUUUUUUUUUAAAGUUUUCUGUUCAAAAAUGGGUAAGCAGUUCUGUUGGAGUGGGUUUUAACAGUACUGUAAGUAUAAGGAUGCCUUAAGUAUGUUGCAAAAUCGUAUACAACUAUCAAAGGUCAUCUUUCCUGUUUUCGAAAGGUAGCAUGAUGUGCCAUAAAUGUUCUCGCUAAUACGUGAAGCUAUUGCUUCCAGCAGGUGUUGGGCAAGUUGGUUGAAAAUUAGGAGCAGAGCCACCUAGUAAACCAAUGUCCACUGUUUUGGUUGUUGAAAACAGUGCUGGAUUGAGCCAAAAGUUAACCUUUCCCUAACAGGGUAUUUUUCUGGCUAUUUGGAGGCCUUUCUUCGAUCAGUGUGGGUUUUUUGUUUGUUUGGUUUGGUUUUUUUCUUAUUUGUCAGUCUCUUCAUGAAUACUGCCAUAAACUGUCUACUUUAAAUAUGAACACAGCCAUGCUGCUGAAGGUCUGUUGCUCUGAGGGCCUGUUCCAGUGCCUCUUGAAGACAACGGUGGUGCUCCCGCUGACUCAAUGGCUGUUGGAUCAAACCUGAAAUAUUUGAGGUUCUUUGUGUUUUGGAAUUUAAAGCCAACUUUUUUUUUUUUUUUUUUUUAAAGC